CGGCUCAAGAGCACGCCGUCACUUUACCUUUCCCUCGGAGCCAGAAGGCCGAGGAGUAGAUUGAUAUUGAGAACAAAGCUUACCAUCGUUUCAAGAUGUUUGAGGGAACCCCUCUCGAUAGCAGUUCAACCCGUCCCGUCCAAGCAAACGGUCCAGACCCCAAAAGUCCAGACUCUCAGUCAGAUGGACCUUCGUCGUCUUCGCCACAUCAUUCGCUUCCCUGCUGGGCAGCCCAGGCUCAGAGUGACCUCGACCAGGCCAGGGAGGAGCUACGUCAGAUACGGCUCCGUCACGCAACUGAGAUUGAGACGGUGAAGCGGGGCGUAGAACGGGCGAUCCUCGGAGCACGUACAGAAGAGAAGCGUCUGCUGGAGAGGGUGGAGCAGGACCAUCGGGACACUCAGCAACGAUUGGAACAAGUUGAGAGGGAGAACAUGGCAGCCGCCAGGGCGAGUCAGUCUCUGUUGGAGCAAAGGUUUGAGAAGUUGGUCCGGUUUCAAAGACGACUCCAGACAAUGAGUCAGCCUGUUCCAUCUGAAAAGGGCCCAAACAAAAAACCCCUACUAGAGGAGAUUUCAGAGCUCCUGCAGCCCUGGGAAAUUUCUGUUGCCCUCAAGAAAGUAAACUUCAAACCAAGCUCCCAGCCUAAUGCAGUAACUUUUGGAGACAUUCGAGUGGAGGAGCAACAUCUGUGUCUGAAUGUUGGAGGCUGUGGGCCAAAUGGAAAGCUGUGUGCCUUACAUUCACAGGAGAUGCAUUGUGAAGACAUAAACCAACAAAGUUCUGAAAGAGCAAAAAGCACGCAAGGACACGGUUGGACAUCACCAACAGGCAGGACAGUCAAAAGGAUCAACCUCUUAAAUCGUGGUGAUGUAGAGUCACAGGAAGAGCAGAAGCUUUCUUCUGCAAAGAUACACCACUGGCUGCCGAAAUGUGAACAGUUUGACUGGGAAGCAUCCCAAGUUGAUGAGAUGGAUAAAAGUUGCUUUGAGCAACAAGGGGAGAAGUUAUUUUUGGCUCUGCCUUCUGCUGAAAAUAAGGAUAUCAAAGCAAAAGACCUGGUAUGCACAAUGAGCAGUGCUGGAAAAUAUUGCUCACCCUCUAAUCAGAGGAAGAUGCUUUCUGUGGCCACUAGUAGAAAAGCGUCCCCUUCCCCCGAGCGACGUCAGGAAUCUGCCAAGAUGAGUCGUUGCUUGAGCCCAGAUAACAAUGGGGUAGAAAAAAGAAAAGGAAGGCUUGAUUCAAAUAAUAGGCCUUCUGUUAGUAGUACACUAACGUCUGCUAGGAUGGCUCCAAGAGAUCAUUUGGUGAGUCAAAGCUGCCUAGAUAUCACCUCCAAAGUGAGAUCACACUCUCGUCUUAGCCAGUCUUCCGAUGAACACUCUCUGGGGACGUUGGGUGAUUCCGGACGUGCGCCAUCUCCAGCAGACAGCCUUGACUCCACCUACACAUUUAUUGUUAGCCCAUCACACGACUUCAGUUUGAACAAAGGCUCUUUAAAUCACAGUUGUCACCUGUCCAAGUCGGCAGUGGAUUUAACACACAAGACAAGGCCGUUGAUUAGUAGUGCCGCAAAUAAGCAAGAAUUAUGCAAAGCUAGAAGUGGCAACUUCAGCUCCAUGUUGAGCUCCUCACCACCUCUAAGUAGAGGAUUUGACAGCAGUCAGAUCGUCUCAUACCCUAAUCAUGUUGGUCAUAGCGUCUUGCCACAGUCGAAGAAAUCCACAACUGGGUUAAGACAAGUCCCUGUGGCUCGGUCAUUGUCGAUGUCAGUCAUCGAUGGUUCCUCUCAAGAACACAAGAGAGGCAGAGAGGAAAGAGGAGAGCCAGCCCUGGUGGAGUUGGAGGAAGAGGUUGAUCCAUUGCUUAUGGAGUUCACCGCAAGCAGUGUUCAUCUCAUGGGGCAGUUUGGGAGGCAAGGUUCAGGCCGGGCUGAUCUUACCCUGCCAAGUGGUAUCCAUGCCACAGCACAGGGGCAGCUCUUUAUAGUUGACUGUGGAAAUGCACGUAUCCAGGUGACUGACCCUCAGGGGAAUGUCCUUCAGCAAGUAAGUUCCCCAAACAUCAGUGGCUCCUCCAUAAGAUGCCGAAACUACUUUGACAUCGCCGUCAAUGCCAAGGGUCUCAUCGCCUUAAGCUGUGCUGCGGAAAGAGCUUUGCUUGUGUUCAGCCGACAUGGUCGCCUGCUCCAGACCUUUGGAGGAUCUGCGUUGGGCUCUGCAAAGGAUGAGCUAGAAGCUCCCCGAGGGGUGGCUGUAACUAGACUAGAUGAAUUCUUGGUAGCUGAUAUCAGAAAAGGUACCCUCAUAGCCCUGAAGCUUGACCCUAAAACGGGCUCCAGGCUUGAACGCACAGUGGUGACCGGAUUCCACAGGCCUUACUUGGUGGCGACCUGCUUGAGCUCGGGCAUGAUAGCAGUGUCCGAAAGGGGCAAUGAAACAGGACGAGUGCCUUGCAUCAAAGUUCUGGAGCCAAGCUGGAACACAGUGAGAGUUCUUGGUGUAUGUGCUGGCAUGGGACCAGUCCUCACAUGCCCCUGGGGCAUAUGCAUCGAUAAAGACGGCAACAUCUUAGUUGCAGACUGGGGAGAGCAGCACAGAAUUGUGUUGUACCCUGCUCAAGGCGUGGGCUGGCCCAUCGUACGCCAGGGACUGAGCAGCCCACGUGGCCUGACCUUAACACCAGACGGGCUUCUUGCCGUGUCCGACAGCAUGCACCACUGCAUUAAGAUUUACAAUUAUAAAGGGUGACAUGAUUAAAUUGACCUCAUUUACAGUUAAGGGGAGGGUUCAUCAAACUGGUGUCUUGAACAUGUAUUAAAAUGAUAAAAAAAAAACA